AUGGCAGCGCAGACCUUCCCCAACUAUAGUCGCGAUGUCCGCCAUGGCAAGUCUGGCUCUGGUUCUUCACUGAACUACGGGCCAGUCCCUGGUUCACCGACACUCACGAACCCCGACAUGAUCUUGCCCGACUACGAUUGCGAUGUUUCCCUUGAUGAGCGUUCACAGUCACCCAUAAGGAUGUGGAAUAAUGUUCAGAGCAGUGACAUGCGAUUCCACCUCCCUUCUUCGCAAAACCAAUUCAUCGCUGGACCAAUUACCCCCUCAACGCCCAUCAUAUAUGGAAAUGGAACUAUGCUAUCAGACAUUGGCGAGGUGACAGAAGUCGAAAGCGUGGUAGGAAAAGGUGGACGCCGCGGCUCGGCGCAUUUGUCCGUUUACAGCAAUGACGAUCAUGUAUUGGGCUCAUCCCCAACAAUGGGGAUAACCCGCAUCAAGUCACGAUCUCAAAUUCUGCAGCGGGAGAGGAAAUCUUCUAUCGACUCCAACAGUACAAUUACUUCGCAAGGCCGGGCUGCGCCUUUCGGGGAUUUUGACGAUUCUGUCAGCGUUGACGACCUCAACUUUCAGGGUGACGAUGAGGAGAGCAUGGCAUCUUCAUAUGUGGAGGGCACAGCUGUACGGGAACCCAAGAUUCCGCGCAUAGCUCGUACUCAGGAGGCUACCGAGCAGCGCUAUUCGACCAACGAUGGAGGGCAACCUGUCAAGGGCAAGAAGCUCUUUAUUUACUCCGAUGUCCGACGGGUCAACCCCUUCUCCGCCAAUCGUUCGACCUGCAACGUCCUUAAGAGAGUCUACCAUCCCUCUGAGUUCGACCCAGGCUUCCCGCAACGCUCUGCUAGCGCCUUGGGUGCUGCUGGAGGUUAUCGGCAGCCAUUGACUUCAUCUAGAAGUGCCGAUGCUCUCGGGAUUGGAUACGGCGCCACCUCACACAGGAGUCCCACGACCCUUGAUCCCAUGCUGGAAACUUUGAGUGAAGAUGAAGGCGGUGCAAAUGGAGACAGCCGACGCAGCUCUCAUCUCUAUAAUCAGUUAAGCCCCACGUUCGGUUCCAUGACAGAUACAGAUAUGCCUCGGUCCGCAUCUGUAGCUCAGGUUCGUGACUUGAAGCAUCAGAUGAAGGAUCUGAGAGGAAAGAUUUCCAGUCUCAAGGAGCAAGCACGGGCUGACAGCUUGAAACGCCGUAGUCUGCAGAGCCUCAGGACACCCAGCCCGUUUACUCACGCGAGGUGGGAUCAAGGACUUCCAGAGUCUCGAACAUCACAAGAGACUACUCCGGAAACUCCCGCCUGGCAAGCACCCUGGAACCAGGGGUCGCCUAAGGAGAAAGUAAAUGGUCAAAUAUCGCCUAAGGAGGGCUCGAAGGAACCCUCUGAAGAAUCAGCGAAAACGUUGGAUGCUGGAGCUGUACAUGGCCCUCGCACUUCAGACGCACCGGACGUAGUUGUGGCUCAAGAGCAGAGCGGCUCGCCUCAAUUUGAAGCUGAACCGGAUCUUGGAGAUGACAUUCAAGUGCAAACGCAAGUGCAAGAAAAUGACGACAUGAAUGAUGAUGGCGAAACGUGGGAAGGAGAUCUGGAACAAGAGGAGGACGAUUUUAAGCGGGAGGGAAAUGGUUACGGACUACAGAAUGGAGAGUACAACGACGACGCCGAGGAUGACGAUGACGACGAGUUUGUGGAUUUUGAGAGCGAGAGUGGCGAGUCAUCAUAUCAUGAUGCCUUUCAAACCCCCGUGUCUCACGAGGAUCGUGAGGAUGCCUUCGAUUACGAGCACUUUUUUCUCCACUCAGCAAUGGGAACAAUGAGCCAGCAUCGACGAGAGAGCUGGAGCAGUGUGAGCUCUGGGGAUUCUGUUGAGACAACUCGCGGCCCCAUUGUUGCCCCCACUUCUGCACCCGACUCUGAUUCUGAUCACGAAAGGAGGCCGAGCGUUGACACUAUGUCGUCCUUUAACAGUUUUGCCACAGCCAACGAAGGCCGUUUGAGUCGUAACUCGGAAUUUGAGGAUGCUGCAGAGAGUAUCGUCGUCAUGCCCGCAGAUUCGGACGUGCCCCCGAGCUCGAAACGCGCAACAUUUGGUAACUUCAAAUUCCCUCGAUCAGGAGCCCCUUCGAGAAACGGCUCUGUCGAUUAUCACCAAAGUCAUCCCCGGCGCAACACCGUGGUUCGUCGACCCAGUAGCAGCGCAGCUACCUACGCACGCCAUCGGCCUUCGAUGUCAUCUUUCGGAUCGACAGGAACAAACCGAAGCUUCCCUCUCGUAGACAAGUCUAAGGGAACCAACGGGAUCUUGACGCCGACAGGUACCCCCGGAGGAUCGCCCGACUCGGAGCUCAGGCAGAUAUCUGAAAGUCUCCUUAAUGAAGCAGCCGGGUUGGGCGGUAUUGAAGGUGGACAAAGGAAUGGCAAUACUUCCGCUGUACAGGGGCUUGACAAAGAAAGUCAGAUCUUGGUCGAGAGACUUGUGGCUAGUCUUGGGAAGUGUGUCCUAGGAUUGACGGAGUCAUCAAGAGCUGGUACAGAGGCACGUAUGUACCGCAGGAGAAUCGAUGCUGCGCGACGCAUUCUUGAGGGGCUCGAAGAGUGA